AUGUAUUUAAAAUUAAUUAUUGUGUUUCUGUGUUUAGAUCAAGUAUUUCAUAUUGAAUGCAAUCGUCAAAUACUGAAAGACGAGACAUUAGUUCAUUUGAAACUAUUUGACAAUUGUCUCACAUUUUAUGGUAACUUAAGAGACGCUAAAAUCAGAUAUCGUUUAUCAGUAUUGGAUGUGAACAGUAGGACAGUAACCGACAACAAUGUCCGCAUCUUUGUCCUCGACGACAAAGACAACCGUUUUAUCAAUCAAGACGUUUUAGGACAUCCAUACAAAGCAAAAGAGUUUGUCUUAUUCAGCGCUAAUGUGACCAACAAAGUGGACACUUCGAUCUAUGUAAUAGAUUUUUUAAAGUCCAGUGACAAUACUAACUGGAAAUCAUUUGCCGUAAGUCAUGUACUGCCACUUACCAGUACUGACGGCACGGUUACCGUACCUGUCGUACAAAAAGACAACGAUGCUGUGGUCGGCAGUAUUAAUGUAAACUAUUUGGUUAUUCAUCCGAUACACGGUUUCGAUGCCUACUCAGACCAUACGGUAACCAUAAAACCGGCCGCAAUGAUGGGUCACAGAGGAACGGGAGUUGGCAGACGAACUGAUCUUAAAGAAAAUAUUCUGGAAAAUACUAUUGAAGCAUUCAAUUAUGCCUGUCAUCAUAAAGCCGAUAUGAUUGAACUGGACAUACAAUUGACCAAAGAUAAGGUGCCAAUAGUUCAUCACAAUUUUGAUACCGAAGUCUAUAUUCAAGAGAAUCGUGGCACAGAUCUAGUGAGACAACAUAUUGCCGUCAAAGAUCUCAAAUUAAAUGAUACAACAAAGAUAAGUACUGUUGAGAGCAAAGUCUAUGAUUAUGCCGACAAUCAGCCCUUCGAGACACUGGAGAAAGUCUUAAACAAUAUGGAGCCCAACUGUGGUAUCAAUUUUGAGAUUAAAUAUCCACAGAUUAAUACAAAAGGCAAAUGGGAUGGAAUUAAAGGCAUUGAAUUGAAUGAAUACAUUGAUAUUAUUGUUAAAACAUUAUACAAACAUUUGGGUAACAGAACCGGUAUUAUUACAUCAUUUCAUCCCGAUUUGUGUGCAAUGAUUCAUCUGAAACAAAACCUAUUGGAUGUAUCACUAUUGACAUCGGGCGACGUAGAGCACUGGGACCCAAAAGACAUACCCUAUUGGGACCCGAGAGCUACGACAAUACCGUUGGGCACGUAUUUUGCCGAAGGCAUGAAUCUAAGCGGUCUGUCCAUUCAGGCUAAAGAUCUAUUAGCCGAUCCGACGCUCAUACCGUUUGUUAAGUCACACAAACGAAAAGUGUAUAUAUGGGGCGGUCAGCUAAACAAUUUGGAUGUCAUCAACAAAUUGAAAGCUCAAGGCGCUGAUGGACUCAUAUUUGAUAAAAUUGACAAAAUUCUGGCACAAAUUCUUGACGAUUCUGAUUAAUAAAUUGUUUGUUUAAAAAUUUUUAUUUACCAUUAGUUUAUAAAUUAAAAAACAAAAUUAUGAAACAAAAUUUCUACUAAUAUUUAGAGCUUCUGUAAUGAUAAAGAAAAAAACAC